CAUCCCUAUCUCAAAAUAUGGCACUAAGCCAUAACGAAAUUGGCGUGAUCAACUUCAUAGCGACGCUUCUAUCGAUUCCGAUUAUAGGGGCCGGUAUUUGGCUGACGACACUACUGGAUAAUUCUUGCGUCAAGAUUCUUCAGUGGCCGGUUGUAAUUCUUGGCCUUUUGAUGUUAGUUGUAGGAAUUGCAGGGUUGAUAGGAGGAUUUGGGAGAAUUUCAUGGUUACUUCUUUUCUACUUGGUGGUUAUGCUUGUUCUCAUAAUAUUACUUGGUUGUAUGGUUGUAUUCAUUUCUAUGGUUACUCUUCAAGAGUCUGGUCACAUAGAUUACUCCGGAUGGUUGUGUCGAAUAGUUCAAGUUUCAUACAAAUGGGAUCAAAUUCGAGCUUGUCUCAGCUCGACAAGCAUGUGCACGGAACUGAAUCAAAGUUACCAUUUCGCUCAAGAUUUCUUCAAUGCACGCAUCACUCCAUUACAGUCUGGCUGCUGCAAGCCUCCAACGCAAUGUGGAUUCACGUUUGUAAACCCGACGUAUUGGAUUAGUCCGAUAAACACAGCAGCAGACAUGGAUUGCUUAAUGUGGAACAACGAACAAAAGCAACUUUGUUUUGGAUGUGAUUCAUGCAAAGCCGGAUUACUUGCCAAUAUCAAGAAUGAAUGGAGAAGAGUACAUAUCAUUUUAUUAAUCACUUUGAUUGCUCUGAUCUGUGUUUACUUAGUAGGUUGUUGUGAAUUUAGAAAGGCGAAAACAGAAGAUCUAUUUCGCGAGUACGUACAAGAUUUUCCUUUAGAAAUGUCUACAUAAAUCAAGACUCUCCAAAUUGAGUAAUUAGAAUUUCUGAAGAAAAAUAUGUUACAUUUAGAAA